CGCACUGAGAAAACCCGAGGAAUUCGGCAGGUACCUGCAGACAUCCAGCAGCUCCCUGUCCUGCAGCGUGAAUGUGCAGCUUGAAAGAGACCCAAUCUGCCUGAGCUCAUCAUGUCUGAUGGAUGGAUUUAAAUGCUCUCCUUAUUGGCCAGCCGUCAUUCUGCGUUGAUCUCACGGCAGACCUUCAGCAGGAAUAUUAAAUCCGGGAGAAGUCCAGAACGCUUUAGGACAAAGAAAAAAAAAAACGCAUUGCUGUUUUUCAACAAACGUCCCUCCUGCAGCAUCAGUCCCCCUUUCAUCAUGAGGAGGUCGAUUCCUUUAUCUUGCUGGGUUAGAGCUGCUGGCCUGAUCUUUUGCCUGGCCCAGAGCGCUGUGGCCAUGGCCCUGGCCAACUCCACCCGGCUCGACUCGAUCCUGGACAAGUAUAAGGGAAAGGACGGCGAGUGGUGGAGGGCAAGGUCGAGGGGGAAGAGGGCCAUCAGCGAGGAAGACAAGCACCUGAUCCUGGACCUGCACAACAAGCUGCGGGGCCAGGUCCACCCUCCUGCCUCCAACAUGGAGUACUUGGUAUGGGAUUAUGAAUUAGAGAGGAGCGCAGAACACUGGGCGCAUACCUGCCGAUGGGAGCAUGGGCCGAGCCACAUGUUGACACAAAUAGGGCAAAAUCUUGGAGCUCACUGGGGCAGAGACAGACCCCCAACCUAUCAUGUCCAGGCCUGGUAUGAUGAGGUCAGGUACUACAGUUAUCCAUAUUCCCAGGAGUGUAAUCCACACUGUCCAUUCAGAUGUUCUGGGCCUGUAUGCACUCACUACACUCAGUUGGUGUGGGCCACCAGCAAUCGUAUCGGUUGUGCCAUCAACAUCUGUUACAACAUGAACGUUUGGGGGAUGAUCUGGGCAAAAGCAGUUUAUCUGGUCUGUAACUACUCUCCACCGGGAAACUGGUGGGGCCAUGCUCCAUACAAAUACGGCACACCUUGUUCUGCAUGUCCCGCAAGCUAUGGCGGUGGCUGCAGAAACAACUUAUGCUACAAAGAGGGUGGUGUUGAAAGGCAUCCGGCUCCAGAAACCGAGGAGAACAACUACAUUGAGCCAGAACCAGAACCAGCAAGAGACAGAGAGCCCCAGGCGAGAACCCAGACACCAAAUCCAUCGCCGAAUGAGGACACUGAGAGAAACCAGGCUGUCAGCACAGAGCAGAUGUCCCAACAGGUUGAAUGCGAGACCAAGCUAAGAGAUCAAUGCAAGGGAACAACCUGUAACAGAUAUGAAUGUCCGCCUGGUUGUUUGGAGCGGCCUGGAAAAGUAGUUGGGACUGCUCACUAUGAUAUGCAAUCCAGUGUCUGUGGAGCUGGGCUACACUCUGGAGUCAUUGACAACGAUGGAGGAUGGCUGGAUGUGACCCGACUGGGCAGAAAACAACUUUUUACCAAAUCAUACAAGAAUGGUAUCCAAUCUAUUGGGAAAAACAGAAGUGCCAAUUCGUUCAAAGUGGAGUCAGUGCCUGUAAAGGCAGUAAGAUGUGAUACAACAGUGGCCCUUUUCUGUCCUUUCAAGAAACCCACUCGACACUGUCCCAGGUUGUAUUGCCCCAGGAACUGUUUAGAUGACAGUCGAGCUCGAAUCAUUGGAACAAAGUACUAUUCCGAUAAAUCCAGCAUCUGCAGAGCAGCCAUUCACGCAGGAGUAAUCCGGAGUGAGUCAGGAGGUUACCUUGAUGUAAUGCCGGUGGACAAGCGGCGGCACUACAUCGGCAGUUACCAGAACGGGAUUACUUCUGAGAGCCUACUGAACCCCACAGGAGGAAAAGCCUUCAGAGUUUUUGCAGUCAUCUGAGAAAAAGGCCUUUAAAGGACAAAGUACCAAAGAUCAUAUUUGAGAAGCCCACCCACCAUGAAAUAACAACCCAUAAUUUUGUCCGGGAGUAAAUCAUUCAACUUGCCCGACUCGAACGCUGAACGUUUUACAUGUAUUUAUUUCAAGGGUUUGCUUGUUCCUUAGCUCAUCGGUGAACUGCUGUCCAGUCAGCCUUUGCCAGAGGAUUUUUGAGAAUUAUAGUUCUCGUCCUUUGGCCUGAGCUUUAGGAGUUAACCACAGAAUACACGUGCCUGCAGUGCAUUUUUG